UUUGCCACUAUGAGUGUGCUUUCUCAUUCCUCCCAUGCCUUCCUGGAUCCUCUCUCUCUCUCUGUCUCUCUCUCUCUGCCCCUCACCCCUUCCUUCUUUCCUCCCUCCCUUCUUAGGAACUGGUUCAACCAGAGUGCAGCCCACUCAUCCGCAGCUGGCCUGGGGAACCUGCGCAGCUGCAGCGCCGGGAGUCCAUGCGGGGCCCCCACCGCCCGGGACGCGCUCAGGAGGCCUCCGCCGCGCGGGGCGGGGAGAACCGCGGCUUCUCCCUGGGGCUCCUCGCGCUGUGCCUGGCCGCGGCCCGCUGUCUGCAGAGUCAGGGUGUGUCACUGUACAUUCCUCAGUCCACUAUCAAUGCCACUGUACAAGAAGACAUCCUGCUGUCCGUUGACUACUCCUGCCAUGGGGUGCCCACCAUUGAAUGGAAGUACACAUCCACCUGGGCCACGCAGAAGAUCGUGGAAUGGAAACCAGGGUCUCAGGCCAACAUCUCUGAAAGCCACAAGGACAGAGUCUCCACCUUUGACAAUGGCUCCAUCCAGCUCUUCAGUGUGGGUGUGAGGGACUCCGGUUACUACGUCAUCACUGUGACAGAGCACGUGGGGAGUAGCCAGUUUGGCACCAUCGUGCUGCAUGUGUCAGAGAUUCGCUAUGAAGACCUCCACUUUGUUGCUGUGCUUCUUGCUUUACUUGCUGCUGUGGCUGCAGUGUUAAUCAGCCUCAUGUGGGUUUGUAAUAGGUGUGCAUACAAAUUCCAGAGGAAGAGGAGACACAAACUCAAAGAAAGCACAACUGAGGAGAUUGAGCUACAAAAUGUUGAGUGUUAGCCAAGGCCGGGCCCAAUUACAUUGCUACCUCAAGAAGAAAACAUUUUCCAGCCAAAGGAACAAACACAGCCAAGUCGCUCUUCAGCUUCCUGUAGUCCUUCCAUUCAACCCAUCCCUGAUGGGCUAGCCUGAAGGUAACACAGUUGACUGCAUGGAGUUGGAGACCAUGGACUGGACAAAAUCAGUUCUAGGACUUGCACUGAGUUCCAGGAGAAGAGACUGAGGCUUUCAACCGGAGCUUUGCUUGGCUGCAGCUUCAGGACAUGCUAACCUGUAACCAAUGGCACAGAGCAGGCACUGAUUGUUGCUCAUGACACUGGCUCUGGCCCCUGCAUGGCCUGUUGGAGGAGUCCCUGUGUGCAGCCAGCACUGGAACACUCUCCGUGCCUUUGUGCUCCUGUCUGCUCUGCACACUGCUGUACCCUCCAAAUCCCCUGCUUGAAUCCCACCACCAGUGCUGUGGGAGUUCCUGAGAAAACCUGAGGCAUUUAGACAAUCUGCUUCCUCAGAACCAGAGGUAAAGAGUCUUAAAGCUGUUGUGUUGUAGCUAUUUGCUCUGAGGUGAGACCUAGUAGUUUGGAGCUUUAGGGAGAGGAGCUCAAUGUACUCCUGAGGGACUGGCUUUGGACACAAGGAAUAAGGACAAUAUCCUUUCUCUUCCUCACUUCUUCUGAGAUUAGUUGCAUUUUCCUGUCAUGGCCCAAACUUAGGGCAGUGUGAAGAAAAUGAAGCUCAUGUCAACUCUGGCCUCCUGACAAGCUACAUAACGAUACCCCUGUGGAAACUAAGCCUGAAGAGUGGUUGGUACAACUGGCACAUCAGUAACCGUGGGCUUCAGAUCUGUCUGUCACCAACACUUCCUGACUCCAGCGAAGCCCUUGCUCUCUCCCCCACUUGGGCUGAGGAACACUUGGGCAUCGCCUACCUCACAGUAUGGUAUCAGGAGAAGCACCCAGUAUGCCUAGAGCAUUCUGAGCAAUUUAAGAAAAGCAUGAGAACUCUUCAAAGGAUCUGGAAAGCUGUACUGGAAAAUGCUAUCCCAAAUACUGGAGAUUAAAAUGACCUGAGUUAUUGUAGCUUCAGCUAAGUGUGGAAAUUAGGUUCUGGCUGGGGUUUGUUGGUCACAAUGUUUACCUGCAAGUUUGCCAUCCCAGCUUCCAUUUGGCAAGCUCUAAAAGCAGGCAUGAAUUUAUUUUUCUUUCUCUCUUUUCUUUCCAAUAGCUACAACCAAAGUUACCACCCUGAUUAUGAUGGAGGUUGUGGUCACUACGUGUGUUUCCAGGCCUCAGCUGUAAAUUUGUAUGUGCAAAGGUGAAGAAGUGCUAGAAUAUUUCUUUCUUGCUCUUUCCUUUCAGGUCCCCAGUGUCCUUAUCUUUUCCGUUUCCUGUGCGGAAGGUAAAGGGCUCUCUGGAGAACUUUGUUGAGAUCUUUUCCUAAAUAACAAAACCAAAGCUACAGGCAGGGAUCAUUUGGAGUAUUCAGACAGGAAGUAGCAGUAUCUGGAGAAGGGCUCCAAAGGCACUACCAUACUUGAUUAAAAAGGCUAAAGAACAAAGUCUAUACAAGUGACACAUACCUCUGGCACCUGACACAUAGACGAUAUUUACCCUGUGUACACACAUGCAAACAUGUACGCCUAUGCUUCCUCCACAGGCAGCAGCCGGAGGAACCUGAUUGUGUGCCGAGGCAGUUUGCACACGUGACGUGAAGCGCAAGAGUACUUGAGAAAAAGGGGGGAUCAAGGAUGAUUUGGUUUUGUCUUUCUCCUCUUUCUUGCAGAAAGUCCAGCAGCAUGAAAUGGGUUUGGAGCUGGGUAGCUGCUGGAGCACAUGCAGAACUCACCAGAACUCUGCUUGCCAGCAGCAGGGGGGUAGUAAGCUCACCAUAAAAGAAAUGGAAAAGGAUGUGCAGAGGAAGCCUCCAUGGGCAAAUUCGGAUGCACAUUAAAUUGCUUCCAAAGAAUCUCAAAGUUUUCAUUUCUUUGAAAAGAGGAUUUUAUUUGUGCAUUCUAAAAACUUCUUAACUUUAAAAUCCAGAGGCUGUUUUUGUCUUGUUUUUUAAAAAGAGAAUAUUAACUCGUAGAGAUUGCCAAUGUAAAGUUAUGCUGUUUCAAACUGUGAAAAAAUUGUUUUUGUAAAAAAUGAAUGAAA